AAUGACUACUAAUGGAAACCGUGUUAAGUUUAUCAGCAAAAACCAAAAACCGCAGAUUAGUCGUUGAAAGUUGGAACUCGAAAGCAGACUUGUAAACCAAAAAAGAAGAGAAAUUGAUUUCAGAAUUUAGACUAGUGGGGAAUAAAUUUAGCUUCGGUUUUAAGCGGUAUAUCAAGUGUAGAUUUUAUUAUUUCCCUUCUUCUCCAUCAAUUGUGAUUUGGGUUUUUAUUUAUAGACAAAGUAAUGGAGAAAGUGAAGAACUUGUUGAAGCCAAAAGCAAACCCUCAACAGCAAUUAAGAGAUUGGCAAAGAAAACUUAGACAGGAAUGCCGUAAUAUUGAAAGACAAAUUAGAGAUGUGGAGAGAGAAGAGAAAGCUGUGCAGAAGGCAAUUAGAGAAGCUGCUAAGAGAAAUGAUAUGGUCUCAGCAAAGGCGCUUGCGAAGGAAAUUGUGUGUUCAAGAAAAGCAGUGAACCGACUUCAUGAGAAUAAGGCACAAAUGAACUCGAUUUCGAUGCACCUUGGUGAAAGUGUUGCAAUUGCCCGAACAGUAGGUCAUUUGUCCAAGAGCACUGAGGUUAUGAAGCUUGUCAAUAACCUCAUGAAGGCCCCAGAAAUGGCCGCAACAAUGCAGGAAUUCAGCAAAGAAAUGACCAAGGCGGGAGUAAUUGAGGAAAUGGUAAAUGACGCUCUUGACGACGCACUUGAUUCAGAAGACAUCGAGGAGGAGACCGAACAAGAAGUUGAGAAGGUUUUGACAGAAAUUGCUGGAGAGACUGCAGCACAGCUUCCUGUAGCAGCAAGAAGAGAAAAAUUAAAGCAACCUGUCCAAACAGCAGCUGAGGAAGAGGCUAUAGCCGAGGGAUCUGAUGACGAGGAAGAACUAGAAGCAAUACGAGCAAGACUUGCCAAAGUGAGGUCUUAGGUCAUAGAUGCAUAAUCGUCCCUUGCCCAUUCAUCCUCAUCUUACUUAAUUUCAAUGAAUUUGAAUUUGAAUUCGUAACCAAGGUUCUGCACGUUCCUCAUACGAGAGAGCUAUCAGCAACAUGACUGUUGGAUCUAACAGUUGUUAAAUUACAACCAAAAAGAGAGAGAAUAUCUGUAAUAUAUUGUUCUGAGUUUAGCUUCUUUUAUAAAUCCAUAUGUAUUUGGCGAUUUUUAGAACUACUGCAUGUCAAAUGUUCUUGUCUUUCUAUUGCUACUUUUCAAUCACGAGUACUUCCCCAUGUCA